AUGACGGAAAACAAUUUCUCCGCGCCUCCAGUUCUCCCAGCUACUCGUCUGCACAGCCCUACAAACAGCCUUACAAUUCUGGAACCGCUCAGCAGACGGGGUUCUGGACCAGGAUUAAUCAUCCUCGUGCCCGAGACUGGCAAAGCCACCAGUAAUACCCUGCGGAUCGACGGAUGUGUGCCGUCUCCAUUGAUGAAAUGGGCAGAAGAGGGCUACACUGUCGCUGAGAUCACAGAGGCCGGGCUAGCCAACCCUGGUGAAGCUCUGAGUCUGGCGCUAAAGGAGCUCGAAGCUACGAAGUCUACUGAGCCCAAGAACGUCGUUGGUGUCAUAGCAUACUCGACGCCGCUUUGGAACCAAGUAGCUCCGCAUGUGGACUCAUUUCCCCAGAUCUCAGGUGCUGUCAUUUUUGGUGAUCUUGGGGAUAAUGAUAUUUCUUCAAUUGCGUCCUCAAAGGUCCCACAGCUACAUCAUCUUGCUGGGAAGGCCUCCAAACGCUUGCAACGUACUAAGGCGGUAACAGCUUACAGCUACCCGGAAGCAACAUCGUAUUUGUUUGGCACUCCCUUCAGCAAAGACUUCAGCUACAACAUGGAAUCUGUUUCUCACAGCCGAAGUCUUAGCUUCUUGAAGCCUCUUAUGAACGGGCCAUACUUUGAUCUAGAAGUUAUCUGGGACGAACAUACAUAUUGGGAGUUCGAAAACCGCUCCGUGGAAAACACCAUGAGCACCAUGGUACAAGAGCCAUACGUCAAUCAUGUGCCUACGAUGACAGGUGGGAUUGGCCGUGAGAAGCUGACUGCCUUCUACCGCGACCACUUCAUUUUCCAGAAUCCUCCAGAUACAGAAACCUACCUCAUUAGCAGAUCUCUCGGCAUUGAUCGAGUCAUCGACGAGUUUCUUUUUAUAUGCACUCACCAUUCCCAGAUUGACUGGCUUGCACCAGGGAUCCCUCCCACGGGGCGAAAGCUUGAAGUACCAUUCACUGCUGUUGUCAACAUCCGUGGAGACCGGCUUUAUCAUGAACACAUUGGCUGGGACCAGGGAACAGUGCUAGCGCAGUUGGGUUUGAUGCCUUCUUACCUGCCAUAUCCUCAUCAACUACCCAAUUCGCAGGGUCAAGAGAAAUUGGAAUACCGCGUCCCAGUCGCUGGUGUGGAGACUGCUAACAAGAUGAGGGAUAAAGAGGCUGUAGAGUCGAAUGAGAUGUUUGCAUUUGGUCUUCGCAAAGUCUGA